UUUAUAAGGAAAUAGAGAAAGAAAUGGACACUAUCGGUCGAAGAAAAAUGUUUCUGAGCUGAGUGAGCUGUGACUUACAUCUAAAAUGAGUCUCUCUGGGGAGAGAGAGGAGGGGACCACUGCCUCUAAAAUGAGUCUCUCUGGGGAGAGAGAGGAGGGGACCACUGCCUCUAAAAUGAGUCUCUCUGGGGAGAGAGAGGAGGGGACCACUGCCUCUAAAAAGACUCAAGACACCAGUUCUAAGAGUGUCCAGAAGCCCAGAGCAGAGUCACCUGCCCCCAGCCUGCUAUCAAUGAAGAGUGAUCAGCCACCUGCUUUCAGCCAGGAACCAUUACCAGAUGACAAUAAGGAAGUGGAGAGUUUGGACAGUGAGGAUGCAUUAAAGAUCACACACAACCUUCUGGACAGAAGAAGUCAAACUCUUCUGACAGUCCAACAAGACAUUAAGGCUAAACUGAAACACAAGUAUCAACACAUAUCUGAAGGAAUUGGACACCAUGGAAACCAAAGUCUGUUAAAGGACAUCUACACAGAGCUCUACAUCACAGAGGGUGGAAGUGGAGGGGUCAAUAAUGAACAUGAGGUGAGACAGAUAGAGAUGACAUCCAAGAAACAAACCACACAAGAGACACCAAUCAAAUGCAACGACAUCUUCAAGCCUUUAGCUGGACAAGACAAACCUAUCAGAACUGUGCUGACAAAAGGAAUCGCUGGCAUUGGAAAAACAGUCUCUGUGCAGAAGGUCAUCCUUGACUGGGCAGAGGGAAAAGCAAAUCAGGACGUUCAUUUCAUGUUUCCUCUUCCUUUCCGUGAUCUGAACCUGAAAAAGGACCAAUACAGUCUGAUGCAACUUCUUUCCCACUACUUCUCAGAGCUGAAAGAGAUUGACAGCAUUGAAGAUGGUGAAACCAAAACUGUUUUCAUUUUUGAUGGUCUGGAUGAGUGUCGACUUCCUCUAGACUUCAAAAACAAUGAGAGGUGCUGUGAUGUCACGAAGCCAACCUCAGUGGACGUGCUGCUGACAAACCUCAUCAAGGGGAAUCUGCUUCCCUCUGCUCUCCUCUGGAUAACCUCACGGCCUGCAGCAGCCAAUCAGAUCCCUCCUGAGUGUGUUGACCAGGUGACAGAGGUACGAGGGUUCAAUGAUCCACAGAAGGAGGAGUACUUCAGGAAGAAAAUCACAGAUCAGAAUCUGGCCAAUGAAAUCAUCAAACACAUGAAGACAUCAAGGAGCCUCCACAUCAUGUGCCACAUGCCAGUCUUCUGUUGGAUAUCAGCCACUGUCCUUGAGAUGAUGCUGAAAGAGGCAGAGAAGGAUGAAGUCCCCAAAACUCUGACCCAGAUGUUCACACACUUCACGCUCAUCCAAAUCAUUGUGAAGAACAAGAAGUACAACAAAGCCACAGAGACAAACCCAAAGGAACUGUCUCAGUCAGACAAAGAGAUGAUCCUGAAACUGGCAAAGCUGGCUUUCCAACAGCUGCAGAAGGGCAACCUGAUCUUCUAUGAGGAGGACCUGAGAGAGUGUGGCCUUGAUGUCACAGAGGCAUCAGAGUACUCAGCAUUGUGUACAGAGAUCUUUAAAGAAGAAUCUGGGCUGUACCAAGAGAAGGUCUACAGCUUUGUGCAUCUGAGCAUUCAGGAGUUUCUAGCAGCAGUGCAUGCUUUAGAAUCAUGUCUGGACAAGAAGGAAAAUGUUUUCCCCCACAAAGCAUCAGACCCGUUGUAUGACUUACACAGGAGAGCAGUGGACCAGGCCUUGAAGAGUGAGAAUGGACACCUGGACCUGUUCCUCCGCUUCCUUCUGGGCCUCUCACUGGAGUCCAAUCAGAAUCUGUUACGAGGCCUUCUGACACAGACAGGAAGUACAACACAGAGCAAUGAGGAAACAGUUGAGAGAACAGUCAGGUACCUUUCAGACAAGAUCGAAUGGGAAUCCUCACCAGAAAGGAUCAUCAACUUGUUCCACUGUCUGAAUGAACUUGGUGCCAACUCUCUAGUUGAAGAAAUGCAAACCUCCCUGCGAUCAGGAACUCUUUCAGAAACAGACCUAAAACCUGACCAAUGUUCAGCCCUGGCCUACCUGUUACUGAUGUCAGAGGAGGUGCUGGAGGAGUUUGACCUGAAGACAUACACCACAUCAGAGGAAGGUUAUCAGAGGUUAAUGCCGGUAGUGAAUACCUGCAGGAGAGCACUACUGUCUGGCUGUAAACUCACAUAUGAAUCCUGUGAGACUCUGGCUUCAGCUCUGCAGACACCAAACUCCCCCCUGAGAGAACUGGACCUCAGCUACAAUGACCUGGGGGACAGAGGAGUGGAGCUGCUCUGUGUUGGACUAACCAGUCCACUCUGCAACAUACAGACACUAGUGCUGUCUGGCUGUCUGGUCACAGAGGAGGGCUGUGCUGCUCUGUCUUCAGCUCUGAGGUCAAACCCCUCCCACCUGAAAGAGCUGGACCUGAGCUACAAUCACCCAGGAGACUCUGCAGGGGGACUGCUUUCAGCUGCUCUGGUGGAUCCCACAGAUAAACUGAUGAAGCUGAAGGUGGAUCAUGGUGGAGAGUUCAGGCUGAAACCAGGGCUGAGGAAAUAUGCCUGUCAUCUCACCCUGGACCCAAAUACAGCAAACCCAUACCUGAUACUGUCUGAGGGGAACAGGAAGGUGACACGGGUGGAGGAGAAGCAGCAUUAUGAAGACCAUCCAGACAGAUUUGACCAUGAUUCCCAAGUUCUCUGCAGAGAAGGCUUAUCUGGAUCUCGUUAUUACUGGGAGGUGGAGAGGGAUGGUGGCAUUUCUCACAUUGGUGUGGUGUACAAAGGAAUGCAGAGGAAGGGAGUGAUGGACAGUUGGAUUGGAGGCAACAGGAAGUCCUGGAGUUUAGUCUGCUCUGACAGUGGAUAUGACUUUUACCAUGCUGGAGUCGGCAGAUCCAUCCCUGGUCCUGUUUCUAACAGAGUUGGAGUGUAUCUGGACUGGCCAGCUGGUACUUUGUCCUUCUAUAGUGUGUCCUCCUCUGGUACACUGACACACCUUUACACAGAACACACCACAUUCACUGAACCCCUCUAUCCUGGGUUUGGGUUUGAGGAUUAUUCCUCCUCCUCAGUGACCCUGUGUCAGAUAGAUGACCAACACAUUCAAAGCAGAGACCAUGGUGGAGAGUGUUGUAUCAAGCCUGGACCUGAGAACACCAGAGACCAGAUAUGGAUUCCUCAGAGCUGUAAGACUUGUGACCAUGUUGAGGACUCCACACACUGGCUUCAGAUUGAACCCUUGACUUCCACUGUCCAGGGAGUGACAAUGUUCAGGCACAGGACACCCAAAGGGCGUUAUGAGUGCACAGUGUCUGGGCUCCGCUGGGUGUGUGACAGAGAUGUCAUUCUGAAGUAUCACUUCAGGAACUGGGAACCCUACAGUCACCUUCUGAAAGACAUGCAGUACGGACAAGGUGGUCCAUUGCUGGACAUCACUAUGGAGUUAGGUGAACUGGAGGAAGUUCAUCUGCCACACUUUGUCUGUUUAGGGACCAACCCUUCCCUGAGGAAUGAGAUGAAGAUUCUUCAUGUAGAGGAACAUGGAGUGUCUGUUGAGGAAGUGCAUGAGGUCACCAGAUUCCAUGCCAAAAUUCUCCAUCCCAAGUUCUCAGCUAUCGCUGUUAUACUGAGCUAUAUCUUUUUUUGGAACGUAGAUGUCCACUGUGACGUGGUCCUCUAUAUGGCAGUAAAAAAGGCAACAGUAAUUUCACGGCUGUACAUGCUCCUCAGAAACUCCAGUCAGAAAGAGGCUGUUCGGGACCGGGAGAAGAAUCAGGUGUCCCAAGGAUAUUCAGAAUUUCUGCUGUCAAGUCCAAACGGGUCCUUAAAGCUGAACAGUUGGUUUGCAGUCAAGAAUCCCCAUUCCUCCUCCAUCUAUCCAGAGAAGAUUCAGCUGUUACCUGCAGACACCACACCAAGCUGUUGUAAGAUGGUUAUGAGAAACACAGGGGUUGACAUUGAGAUGGAGUUAAUCGGGGAUGAUGAGAGGACAGUAUGGAAAUCAGUGGUAUCAAAAGAUGAAUACAGCAAAGACUCUCAUCCAAUAGCAUUAACAGUCCCUGACAUUCCUGCUGAGGAGUUUCUGAAGAAACACUGGGCUAAACUAAUUCAGCGAACCAAAAACUCAAUGCCAAUAGCAGAUGAUCUGUGGUCAAAGAACAUGAUUGGUGAAGAAGAGCACUCCAGAAUAACAGCUGAAACAACUGAACAGGACCGAAUGAGAAAACUACUGAAAGCAGUCAUCCCCAAAGGACCAGAAGUGACGGGAGCUUGUCUCAAAGCUCUCGUUGAACAUGAAAACCAUCUUGUUAAGGACUUGAGUGAAUCUGGAACCUAAUCUGAAGACGCUGAGGCCUG